AUGGCCUCAAAUCAAUCAAUCCUGCCUGCAGACAUCAUGGAGUCACAAUUAUCUACAAUCGACCUCCUAGCAGCAAUGUUUCCCUCGCCAGGCGAGCUGGAAAUCCCCGAAUCCACAACACAAUGCAUUGCAAAACUCCGAGAAUGGUGCGAAAACCCAAGCUCACCACCGGGGAUUCCAUCAAAUCUCUCUCUCGCAGUCUAUCUCCCAAUUGAAGACGGAGAACGCACAAUCCAAGUGAACAUCUCUGUGCCACUGCAAUACGAAUCCCAAACCCAGGAAAUUGACCAACCACCACCACUGGGCUAUUCACUCCGACAACCAGACUGGUUAUCCAGAGCCGAAGUCGCCAGCAUCACCGCUUCAAUACCGCAAAGCGAUGAUGCAUUAGAGGUAUUUGAAUAUAUUCAAGCAGAGGCGCAUCGCACACUUGGGAAUAAAAGUCAACAAACACAGCUUGUCGCGUCGGAUGCGGACCAGGGACCGAUUGUGAGAGUAUGGUUUUAUUUCCCUUCUCUGUCGACGCGCAAGAAGAGAGACGAUAUGGUGAAUCUUGCGCCAGCUUAUUCUCUGACGGGCUUUGUGCUGGCGGGCAAACCGGGUGUCUUGUGUCUUGAGGGGGUGUCGGCGGAUGUUGAUUCAUAUAUGAGUUUCAUCAAGACGCAUUCUUGGGGUGAUAUUCCAAGUCAUCAGAAGAAGGUUAGCGAAAGGUUUCGGGAGGUGGAAGGUGUGGAAAGGGUUUUUCCUGGAAUGGAGGAAAUCACGGACUCGUUGGGUGAACGUAGUGGACAGCGCGCUAAUCGGGGUGAUAUGCAGGCUUUGGAGGCUUGGCUGGGGAGUAGAGGUCUUCAGGAGGCUUUUGAGAAGGUGAUCUUCUAA